AUGUCCAAGAAGUUCAAUAACUUUGAGCAGAUACUCGAGACUCCCGACAUGGAGACCAAAGAAAAGUAUUUAAUCGAGAAGAGACAAUGGUUUCGCUCAGGUUCUUCGAAAUGUAUCGAUAUUCCCUCUGACAGCAGCGGUUCAGAAUCCGACUCGACUGAUGUUUCCGACGCCGGAUCUGGUUCUUCUCUGAAGGUAAUUACAUGCGAUAUCAUUGAUUCUUUGUCUGACUCCGACGACGGAUUCGAAGAGAUCAGCGAAGAUUCUACUACCGACGAUGAAGAGCCCAUCCCGAGGAAGAAAAAAUUCUUUAAAAGGAUUCUAAUGUGGGCUAAGAGAGUUUUGAGACCUCGCAGUCGUCCAUUUUAACAAUUUUUUUACUUUUAAAAUAAAUAGUUAUUUUAUUUACGUAUACUUCAGUUUUUAAGCCAAUCGUCUUAUUUUUUGAAUUGGCCAAGAUUUCGACGCCAUGACUAAUAAAAAUUUCUAGCUCAGUUCAAUAUUUAAUUGCUUAGGGUUUCAAUACCAUCUUAAUAUCAGAAUAGUGAAACUUAUUUGUAUGGCAAAAGGUGUU